GAAAAUAUUCUCCUGAAAUUCAACACCAACAACCAGGAUAUUUUACUAAAAGCAAUGUUAAACUGCUGAAAAAGGCGAAGCAGAAGCUGUCCUGAAGAAUCUCCAGAAAACAGAAAUUGUUUGAUACAUUUAACAGACAAAUGAAGCCAAGUCCCGACAUGGAGAAACAUCAGCACUCUGUCAAGAGAUUUACCAAACAGAGUGAUCUCAAAAAACACCAGCGCAUUCACACAGGACAGAAACCGUAUCACUGCUCAGACUGUGGGAAAAGUUUUACUAAACAGAGUACUCUCAAAAUACACCAGCGCAUUCACACAGGAGAGAAACCGUGUCACUGCACAGACUGUGGGAAGAGUUUUACUGAACAGAGUAGUCUCAAAAGUCACCAGCGCAUUCACACAGGAGAGAAACCGUAUCACUGCUCAGAUUGUGGGAAGAGUUUUACUGAACACAGUAGUCUCAAAAAUCACCAGCGCAUUCACACAGGAGAGAAACCAUAUCACUGCUCAGACUGUGAAAAGAGUUUUAAGCAACAGAGUAAUCUCAAAAAUCACCAGCGCAUUCACACAGGAGAGAAACCGUAUCACUGCUCAGACUGUGGGAAGAAUUUUAAUCAACAGAGUAAUCUCAAAUUACACCAGCGCAUUCACACAGGAGAGAAACCGUUUCACUGCUCAGACUGUGGGAAGAGUUUUACUAAACAGAGUCAUCUCACAAAUCACCAGCGCAUUCACACAGGAGAGAAACCAUAUCACUGCUCUGACUGUGGGAAGAGUUUUAAUCAACAGGGUAAUCUCAUAAAUCACCAGCGCAUUCACACAGGAGAGAAACCGUAUCACUGCUCUGACUGUGGGAAGAGUUUUAAGCAACAGAGUACUCUCAAAAUACACCAGCGCAUUCACACAGGAGAGAAACCAUAUCACUGCUUAGAGUGUGAGAAGUGUUUUUCUACAGAGAGUUAUCUCAAAAAUCACCAGCGCAUUCACACAGGAGUAAAACCAUAUUACUGCUUAGAGUGUGAGAAGUGUUUUUAUACAGAGCGUAAUCUCAAAAAACACCAGCGCAUUCACACAGGAGAUAAAACUAUCCCAAAUCUGUUCCACGGCAAUUAAAAGUGCAAAUCGUAAGUCUUUCGGACAGAACACCUAAUCCUACACAAAUGUUUCACUUUGUCAAUUGGGACACGUUCCACCAGUGGAUAUAGCGGGAUAUUUUGUUGUUCUAUUACUCAAGUUUUUUACACUUUUUCCUAUUAGUAGUGAUGGGUAGAUGAGGCACCAUGAAAAAUCCCUACAGGCAACCUAGUUGACGGACUGAUUUUAUGAACUAGUCUAUACAAAAUAUGUUUUAAGUCAUUGUAUUUUAUUUUAUAUAAUAUUUAAUAUGUUCAGUUACAUUUAAAAUAUCUUUGAUAUUCUUAGAUACAGUCAAUAAAUAAUGUGAACAUGUAACAUAACGUGAAACUCUAAGGGAAUGUGUUUGGAACGAGGAUGCUUGUGGACGUUUUUUUUUUCCACUAUUUUUUAUGGUUGUAUACGUGAGUUCAUUCUGAGUGUAUCUGGGACUUCAUUCUCAUGUUUGACUCUAUAAUGCCUCAACAUUGAGGAGGUGGAUUUGUUUAAAUAUGACAGUUCUGUCAAACAAAUGUGACAUUUAACCUGCAGAACAUAAUAGGAAUAGUAAGCUAAGAGUCAAUUUGAGAUGAAUUGGAUUCAGAUAGAUCAAGUUGAAGCUCUGAAAGGAACCAAAUUAAACAACAACGCAAUGAAAACAAAUACCUUAUUUUCCGAUGUAAGAUCUGCUAUCUCUGUGUUUUCUCAACAUAUAGUUGACAUCAAACCUAUAGGCCUGAGAUUAUCUUAUGUUAUUAUUUGUUAAAUACUCAAAGUCGCCCAAAAAAGAAAUCCAGUGCGAAAUGGAUUUGGGUUGAAGUGAGACAUAAUUGUCAAUUUCAGAUUGAAAUUUAGAAGGACAUUGAUAUUUUUUUUUGUAAUAGUUCAGGCUUAAAAUGGUUACAUAAACAUUUACUUCCAACGGUAGAGUAGCAUGUGUGUUUAACCUGUAUUCCUAUGUUUAUAAAGUUUUUUAUUAUUAUUGUGAAUGCUUAUGGGUUGUGUUU